UCAUAAGUCAACCGUUCGGGCAAUACGGCGGCCCUUGUCAAACUGCCUCCAGCAGUUUCAGAGGAGUCAAUCAUGCAUAUGACAAGUCGCAUGAAAGCCUGUGCUCGUUGCAGGCGACAGAAGGUUCAAGACUUCCUUGGGCCCAGGACAACUGAGAUCUGCUAAUUCAUGGCUUGCAGUUGAGGUGCGACUUGUAUCAGCACCCCGGACAGCCAUGUUCACGUUGCAAACGCAUGCACAUAGAAUGCAACAAUAUAGUGGAAGCUCCAGAGGCUACUGUGGACGCUUCGCCAGCUCGGUCUGAUCGCACGGCUGUAGGAACUUCAAGCAGUGCCUUGAUCUAUACCGCUGCGGAGCCAUCACUUGAAGGAGAAUUAUGGUACUCGCUCAACGUGAACAGUACUAGCCUGUGCGAUGGCCUCCCAUAUCUUUCCAUCUCCGAAUCCAAGCCCUACCAGAGGAAAACUAGGCUCGAGGAGAUUGUGGACGCCUCAUUCCAUUGCCGCAUCAAGUGCCACGACAUCUUAAUUGAUGCCACUAGAGCAUUUGGCGACAUCAUAGACGAGCAGGGCGAGGGCAGCUACCUUACCCGGUGCUGCACCCGUCUCGCAAUAUCAGCCUACUACUUCUUCCUACAGAGUCAUGACUUUAAGAGACCAGGCCUGAUUACAACCUUUUCAAUAGCCACAGAAGUUCUUGAUGCCGUGUCUCGCUUAGAUGCCAUGCAGGACUUCGCGUUAUAUGCUUCAAACUACUAUACGCGCAUGGCCUUGCUAGCGGCGUUUUGCAUCCUACGACUAGUCAGGAGCCAGCUGAAAGAGCACAUUGACCUACGUGAUGCUCAACAGUCGUUAUUCAAGGCGAUAUCAUUCGUCAAAAGGCGUUCCAUGCAACACGGCGACCUUGAUGAGAGGUAUGGGACGAUCCUCUCGCAGUUGUGGUCAAAUAGCGAUUCGAUGGAUACUACUACAGCUAAUGGGCUGGAUCUGAGGAUCCGUAGUCGUUUGUUUAUGAGCGUGGCAUUUGACUCUCUUUGGUGGUGA